AUGCCAAAAGAGAUACUAGUACUAGAUAGAGCAGGAUGUAGUCUUCCAGUCAGUCGUGGUAGAAUACAGAAAGCACUGACCGAGACUGAUGAUGAAGAUGAUGAUGAUGACGAUGAUGAUUUGUUGGACACGGCCGAGUCACGGAAACUGACUAAAGGGAAGAAAUUGAAAGCCAAGAAAAAAGAAGAAAAUUUAGUACAACAUAUUAUUGAUAUAGGUCAUGCUGAGGAUACAGAUCAUAGUGAAGAUGAUACCGAAGGUCAAAGGUCAAAUGAUCAGCAGGAAGGUAGUAUUGGCACUGAAGAAAUAGGAGAGUCUUCGAAUACACAAACCAACGAAGUUGAACCUUCUGUUUCCAUAAUAUCAGAUGAUAUUGCACCAACCAUGACAGAUGUAGAAUUUGAAUUCAGGAAAAAAGUAGAAAUGCCCGUCACGGACAAACAAUUACCGAAAAGUCUUUCCAGAGCUCUGCUGGCUUUGGCACGCAACCAAUCAUUUCAGAAAAUGCCAGAUAAAAACUUUAAUGUACAGGACAAUAUAUUAAUUCAGACAUGUGACAUUGAAGCCUUCUUGAUGCCAACACCUCGACGAUCUGGCAACAGUUCUUUUACAACCUCAUCAGGCAACACAGCAAUAAGCAGUCUCUUUCUAAGCCCAGAGACAUUUCGUGAAAUUUUGAAAAAGCAGCAGAAGUUGUAUCCAUUUGAAUUGAACAUAGAUGAACAAUGGGAACAGUUCAGUGAAAACUAUGAUGAAAGCUAUGUGGAAGAUUUAAAGUAUAUUUAUGACUUUGUUCAUACUCAUGGUGUUUUAGGUGUUCCGCUGUUUGACCUGCAGGAAAAGAUGUCGAAAAUGGUGAAUUAUAAGAAUAAAUUACAGACAUUGGUAGAAGCGAAUUCCAAUUUAACUUGGCAGAACUGUCAUGAAGGUGACACUAUAAGUAACAGAUAUACUAGUACUACACCAGCUGAUACUGGACCUUAA